AGGUGACAGUGGAUACAAACAAAGACACAGAAAAAACCAACUUGGUUGCUUGCUUUCUGCUACUCAAGAGUGAAAGUAAAGAGAAGUUUGAGGAUAAUCAUGGCGAUUUGCAGGUUGAGAUCUUUGUUCUCUCCUUCCAAAUGCAAGUCUUCUUCUUUUUCAUUCUAUCAAUCUUUCAAACCACGCACUUUCUCUUCUUCCCACCACCUACCCUCUCACUUGCAGAAUGUUGGAUUCAUUGGCCUUGGAAACAUGGGAUCAAGGAUGGCGAAUAAUCUGAUCAAAGCUGGAUUCAGUGUUACAGUUCAUGACCUAAACUCUGAUGUUCUGGAUAAGUUCUCUCAUAUGGGAGUUGCUACAAAGAAAACGCCUUGUGAAGUUUCAGAAGCAAGUGAUGUUGUAGUUACAAUGCUGCCUUCCUCUGCUCAUGUAAAUGAUGUUUACACUGGACCAAAUGGUUUGCUACAUGGUGGAAAACUCCUAAGACCGUGGUUAUUCAUAGAUUCAUCUACUAUUGAUCCACAAACAUCAAGAAACAUUUCCGCCACAAUAUCUAAUUAUAUUCUAAAAGAAAAGAAAGGUGAUUUGGAAAAACCAUUCAUGUUGGAUGCCCCUGUAUCUGGAGGAGUGAUAGCUGCAGAAGCUGGGACACUUACUUUUAUGGUUGGUGGCUCCGAGGAAGCGUUUGCUGCUGCUAAACCCUUAUUCUUUUCAAUGGGAAAAGGUGCAAUAUAUUGUGGUGGAGCAGGAAAUGGUUCUGCAGCAAAAAUUUGCAAUAAUCUGGCUUUGGCUGUGAGCAUGCUGGGAGUAUCAGAAGCCCUUGCUCUAGGCCAGUCUCUAGGUGUAGCUGCCAGCACCUUGUCGAAAAUAUUUAACUGCUCCAGCGCUCGCUGUUGGAGUAGUGAUUCUUACAACCCUGUGCCUGGGGUGAUGGAAGGUGUGCCUUCUUCAAGGGAUUAUAAUGGAGGGUUUGCAUCCAAGCUUAUGGCUAAAGACUUGAACCUAGCAGCAGAAUCAGCUAAGCAAGCUGGUUGCAAACACCCACUAACAUCACAAGCACAAAAGAUAUAUACAGAACUCUGCAAUGAAGGGCAUGAAGGCAAAGAUUUCUCAUGUGUUUUUCGUCAUUAUUACACUGGAAUGGAUGAACAUGUUGACCAAUAAAUUAAGAAGCUGGUGCUUUCAUAUAAAGCCAUGUAACUAUUACAACACUCCAUGCCAGGAGGAUACUCAACAUUGGUUGCCAUAAAAUGCAAAAACUUUGGUGUUACUUGCACUUUUUCUCCCG